CUAUAAAAGGCACACUUAACGGGUCCAAUGCACAUUCGCUCCUACAUAUCCAUACUUCUUCACUACAAACCACCCAACACCCACCUUUCAAAAUGUACAAGCUGGUCACUUUCGCCGCUUUCCUGGCCGUCGCCGCCGCUGCACCCGGAUAUAUCGGCGCCCCUAUUGCCGCUCCCCUGGCUUCACCCUGGGGUCACAGUAUUGUCGGUGCUCCAUUGGUCAGCGCUGGAGUAGUUAAAACCGCUUUACCUGUGGCUACUUCCUACGCUAACACUGUCAGGAUCGCGUCUCCCGCGGUGGUUGCUGCGCCAGCACCUAUUGUCGCUGCUCAUGCUCCAUUGGUAGCUUCUCCCUAUGCUCAUGCGUGGUAAGCAACCACCCAACAGGGCACGAACACCUGCCCCUACCACUCGGCCAUCAACAUCAGUGCCUAAUCCGGAAUGUGCAACAGUCAAUAUUUAUUUUACAACAAUAAGAAAAUCAGAAUGUCAGGAACAUAGAUCUAACUCAUAGGAGAUAGAUAGUUGUGCCGUUGUGUUUAGAAAAAACAAUAAACAAAAUGCAAUAAAU